AAGAGAGAGAGAGAGAGAGAGAGAGAGAGAGACACACACACACACACACACACACACAAAGAGAGACAGAAAAGAGAAAGCACGCUCAAGAAACCUGUGAGCUGUCCAACAUCACAAUACUCAGCAAGACCCUCUGUCAGGACUGAUUCAGUGGAGUUUAAUUGCUGCCGUCUGGAUAAGAAAAAGGAUAAAUGUAUGUUCUUUAACUCAGCGGUUGCAUGCAUUUACCACGAGGCAGACACCUACUGGAUAAGCCACUGAAUGCCUCUCUGACACUGAGCUUCAGCAUUCAACAGUAUCAGGAAAAGAACACAUUAAAUGCAGUGGCAAUAAGAAAAGGAAACAGCAUACUCUCUAAAAGAGGAGUUCUAUAUUAUGCAGUUUUAUAAUAUGAUCUGUCUGAAGACAGAACUGAAGAUGAAUAUGGGGAAAUGAUUGCAAAAUGGAUUAUGACAAAAUCAUCUUCUACUACUAACAUGUAUUCUUGCCUGAGAAGAAAACAACACAUUCAGAGAAGCUAUCAGCACACUUAAGUAACAUCCUUUCUUGCAAAAAUUCUGGUUCUUCAUUAAAACUGCAUUUCAGCAACGCAAAGCAAGAAGUUAUAAACCACAAGUUCUCAUCUGAGGAGGACAGCUUUCCAAACUGAUACAUUACAGCAGAUCUGACUUUGAGGUAUAGUUCACAGAUGUUGCUAUGAAGAAAAGGAUCAGAGAUGACUGAUGUGGAGCCCGUGGUAACAGAUUUUGCCUCAACUGGCAGGACAGGUCGCAGAAAUGCACUGCCAGACAUCCUUGGAUCACCAGCUGGUGCUGGAACAUCAGAGCUACCCCACAAAUUCUCAGAGCUUUCAGUGACUGCAGGUGCAGGAGCAGAAGACGAAAACACUGCUUUGCCAGAUGUUCCAACAGAAGAAAAGGGGGCUGAGGAAAAGUAAAGGGGCACAUGAUGGCGACAAGAAAUUAAUCCAAAAGAAAAUGGCACGGUUCAACCUACAGCAGUGUUUGGCACAUAAGCAGUACCUCUGAACACAGAUGACAUAGGUUUAGUGAAUGUUUCUCAUGGUAAUGCGGUUAUAUUCACUGCAAGAAAAACAUUGGGUAGUUUUUGUGAUUUUUAUACAUUUCUGGAAAUGCUUUCACUCUGAUGUUUUAUGAAGUACUUUUUCCAAUGAAAGUAAUACUGUGUUGUAAAUAAAGCUUAUACUACAAUGAUGUGCAAUAUAGAAAAAAAGGAUUUAUCAAAUACGUUUUUCAAGGUAAUAUUGGUUUUAUAAAAAUGCAGCACAUAAUAAGUAUUGUAAUUUAUUUCAUUAUUAAUGAUCAAAAUGGCUAAAAAUUUGAGAUUCACACUAGUAUAUGGACUGAUCUGUGGAGCACUCGGUUUGCAGAAUUAUUGAAUAGCCCAUUUGCUCAUGGAUGUCAAUGUUUAUAAAAUAAAGUACACAAGAGCUUAAACUUC